GGGAGGGGGGCCUACGGUGUUGCUAUAUCUACUACGCUUGAUUGGGAAGGCACGCUCAGAUCUGCUUUAGCGUCAGGACACUAAGGAUUUGAUCUGUUUCACUACUGCCGAGCGAUACACACGUUUUAUUCAACACAAUCAGGAAUGGAAUUCUGUCCGAAGAUGAGCUGCUGGACUGCGCGUACUGUUCUUCUGGUGACCUUUGUGGUAUUGCUGAUUCAUCAGGACAGCCAGCAAAAUGUGGCCAGCGCCUCUCCGACCCCUGUCAUUGGUUUUGAGGAUUACUCUGAAGAUCGUCUUAACGUCGAACAGCCCAGCCUCUACGAGUUGUUACUUCAGCGCGAAUUGCUGGCAGACAAAUUGGAUUCCGAAGGCCGUGGCCAUUUCGUCGUCCGGAAAUCCGAUCGUUCACCAUCACUUCGACUCCGCUUUGGCCGGCGAGCAGAUCCUGAUGUUCCUCGUGUCAGUGCCACCAGCCAACAUGACUGAAAAAUCAAAGAUAAAAAUAAAGUAGCAAAAAAAAAACAAAAACAAAAAAAAAUAUACAUGCCGAUUCAUUUUUCUUUAAUUGCAUGAUGUAAGCAGUAAACUGACAUGCUAGGGGACAGUGGACUGAAAAAAAUUUUCUGCGAAACGACAACUCACAAUGAUCUGAUUCCUUUUCACAGGACGCUUUUGUAUUUAAUUAUGAUGAAGCGCAUUUUGGUAUAAGGGCUACAAUAUACGCCCUGACAGUAUAUCAAAUUCAUUAUUGAUGUCCUGAACCUCUUCUGUCUUCUCGUGCGAAAUUAGCAACUUAAUUUUUUCAUUUCCAAUACAUAUUCAAAACAAUAAAUACUUUUUUCCAUUACUUAAACGUAUUUGUAUUUGUUUUCCCCCCUCUGUUUUCAGUCAUGUGCCAUUUGAUUAAUAAAUGGAUCAGCAAGUAAACCCCG